CACGUAUCUCACAUCAGCAACUCGCUACCCAAGUGUCCUGGAUUUACUGUUGAACAAAGGAAAGUACACGAUCAACUCCAUCCUGGUAAGGUCAGUGAUGGUUAGGGGCGGCUAGAGCCUGCAUCUGAGGAUGUCAGCUUCAGAUUCGGACUAUUCCAUUGACUGGCUGGCCAGUGACGAUGAGGAAAAUGACAGCGAGCUGGAGCCAGACUGUGGCAGGUUAACGGGAGAGACAACAACACUGCCCACGUCCCUGUCGCCGGGAGAGACCCGAGGGUCAUGCACCCAACAGCAGCUCUCCAAGAGGAGCGGUGAUGACAGCCGCGAGGCAAAGAGAGAGGAGAAGGAGCGUGUGAGCGGAAUGUCUGACGGAUCCAGCUGCGGUUCCCCCUCCAGUUACACGGGGUCCUGUGACAGCGAAGACCAGCGCUCCUGGGCUUCAGUAGAUCCUAAAGGCAAGCAGUGGAAGGGACAGAAGAGGACUCAGAGCACAGCAUUUCCAGAGCAAAGGGAAAGUGAGAUCACUCUCAAUCAAACGGAGAAGGACAAACUGUUUGCCUGCAAGUGUGUGGAACUGCAAUGCUACAUUCAGCCUCUGUCUUUAAUAUUGAAUGGUCUUCGUGCUGGCAGAUACCGAGAACGCCUCAGCAGUUUCCAGGAGAGUGUGGCCAUGGACAGGAUCCAGAGGAUAAUGGGUGUCCUGCAGAACCCCUGCAUGGGUGAGAGAUAUGUCAACAUCAUUCUUAAAAUGGAGGAAAUGCUGAAGAGCUGGUUCCCUCACGUAAAGCCCCGCGAGCAACCACGCGCCGUAGACCAGACGUUGGGAAGCACCCCCACAAAGAAACAAAAGUUGUCCACAGCAGCCUCCAGUCCGCCCAACGGCGUGGUGACCCCUUCCACCGUUAGUGCUCCUCUCUUAGGCACCAAAGCCCUGAGGGUCAGUGACCUCACGCCCCCCGGACCCUACUCCGCAACCAACCUAAAAUGGCUCCACACGUCUCCUAUCUGCUCUCCCAGUGCCGAGCGGGCUCAAGGGACUAUCCGGAACCUUCUCACGGCCUCGAGCGAUAAGGACGUUACGCAGGACAGUGCGGUGUCCUCAAGCACCGACGACGCGCAUCUAAAGACGGACUUGGCACCCAGUCGGCCUCCCCUGGGCAAGAUCAGCGCCCCGUGUCUGGAGAGAUUGUUGAAAUCCACAGAGAGCAUUAUCACGCGGAAAGGGCCUGGGGACCUGGUGGGCAGCGGCUGGUCCUAGUCCUGAGAGAGAGGCUCUGAGUGCUCAGGGCCAGACCAGCGAGACACUGCCCGCCACAACCUGGAGCUAGUCAGCACACACAACCGACACCACCCCUAGUGUCAGCCUUCAGCGGAAACAAAAAGCAACAGCAGCAUCCCAGAGGAAAGAGCGAAUUUGUUUGGUUCCCAGUGGUUGUGUUUGG